AACAAGGCCAAAAUAGGAUAAACGUCUGCGGCAUAUCAACCCCCGCGAUUUUUUCACGGCAGCUACGCCGUCGCCCACGGCCCCGUUCUCUCUCUCCCGCUUCCACCUCCGAUUCAUCUCUCUUUCUCUCUACGUCUUAAGAUUCUCUUGCUUUCGCAAGAUCGUUAGGGUUAUUUUCCCCCCUUUAAUUCUGGAUCUAACAAUGACUCACUGGCAACAAUUCGUUCAACCGGUGUUCCUCGGCUUGAUUUUCUCUUUCCUUCUCGCGAAGCUAUUCUCUGUAAUCUUCUCCUUCCGCGACGAGAAUCUCCGGGUUUCUCGGAGCGAGUCGGUAGGCGACGAUCCUAAGCCCGCCGAUGCUGCGUUGAAGGCGACUACAGAUGCCGAGCUCCUCCGCGACGAGGGUUUGGAAGAGAAGAAGGAGCCGCUGAUUCAAGGGGAGGAUGAUGGAUUUAGCGAGGACGAUGAUUGGGAAGGUGUGGAGAGCACUGAGUUGGAUGAGAUGUUCAGUGCCGCGACGGCGUUUGUGGCUGCCACUGCCGCUGAUCGGUCGGCGAUUAAAGUCUCGAAUGAGGUUCAGUUGCAGCUCUAUGGACUCUACAAGAUUGCCACCGAGGGACCUUGCAGUUCUCCACAGCCUUCUCCUCUGAAAAUGACUGCGCGUGCCAAAUGGCAAGCAUGGCAAAAGUUGGGUGCCUUGCCUCCAGAAGAAGCCAUGGAGAAGUAUAUUGACAUCAUUACGGAGUUGUAUCCUACUUGGGCUUCUGGUUCAUCAAUGAAGAAGAAUCGGGAAGAAAGUGGAAGUUCAUCUGGUGGUGACUCUAAGGCUACGAUGGGACCUGUGUUCAGCAGCUUUAUUUAUGAAGAAGAACCCGGAAAUGAGCUAAAGUUGGCUGAUAUACAUGCCUUUGCAAGAGAAGGAGAUGAUAAAAAUUUGCUCAUGUGUAUUGAGAGUGGUGUUCCAGUGGAUCUGAAGGAUAGUGAGGGUCGCACUCCAUUGCACUGGGCUGUAGAUCGUGGCCAUAUGGAGACCACAAAAUUGCUUAUAAGCAGGAAGGCCAAUGUAAAUGCAAAGGACAAUGAAGGUCAGGGACCAUUGCAUUACGCAGCUGUAUGUGAAAGAAAAGAUAUUGCAGAAAUGCUUGUGAAGAACAAUGCUGACAUUGGCAUGGAGGAUGGUGAAGGAAAUAGGGCCCGGGAUCUAUGUGGAUUUGAGUGGCCAUGGCUCCGUGCAGCUAGCGAGUGAGCUUUUACACAUUUCCCUGUACUACGUGAUCAUUGGUUUUAGCUCGUAUCGAUGUACAUAUAUACACUAAUAUAAAUACAUAUGAUGUCUCUCCCUCUCUCCGUCUUUCUCCCUCUUUCUAUACACAUACAACUGCAUCUUAUUGCCCCAAUGGCCAUUGUUCCUUGUUUCUUUUUGAAUUUGUAUGGCUUCACACCAUGGAUGUGCAAAAGAUAAAUUUGGCAUUGUUGGGCAAUGAUCUGGUUGUGUUCCCUUUUUGCUACUAGCGGAUUGUUCUU